CUACUUUUCCUUCAACAAACGCUGAUCUUCCUCAAUUCUCUCCUCAUCCCAUGGCUUCUCCGACUUCAAUUCUCUCUUUUCUUCUUCUGCUUCCUCUCACCGCCGCCGUCUCCUCUACCCAAGUCAUCAAAAUGUAUCCCAAACAACACGUCGUCGGGGCGGAACCCAAAUGUGAGAGCUGGAAAUUCUCCAUCGAAGUCAACAACGCAGGAUCCUGGAAGUCUAUUCCUCCAACUUGUAUUGAUUUUGUAAAGGACUACUUCAACAGUGGCCGCUAUCUUGCCGACUCUCGGUCUGUCGCAGCCUUCUCCUUGAACUUCGCUAGAUCAGUCAAGGUUAGUGAGGGCGACGCUUGGAUUUUCGACGUUGACGAGACACUGCUUUCAAAUUUGCCAUUUUACAAAGAUCACGAGUUUGGGUUGCAACCCUACAAUGACACUUCGUUCUUUGAGUGGGUGAAGAAGGGGUCAGCUCCUGCAUUACCAGCUAGUUUGACGGUAUACAAUUGGCUGAAAAAGCUUGGAUUUAAGAUUUUUAUUUUAACUGGGCGAGAUGAAUCUCUUAGAGCUGUCACAGAACAAAACCUGAUCGAUGCUGGGUAUUCUGGUUGGGAGAAACUUAUUCUCAGGGGACCUAAUGACGACAAGAAAAAUAUUGAAUACAAAUCAGAAAAGAGAGCUGAAUUAGUGAAUCAAGGUUACACAAUCCAAGGGAGCUCUGGAGAUCAAUGGAGUGAUUUGAUGGGAUUUGCUCUAGCAAAACGAUCAUUCAAGCUUCCAAAUCCAAUUUACUACUUCCCUUAGAACUUCAAUAAUUAUCCCUUUGCUUUUGGGAAUAACCUAGCCCAGCCCAUGAUGUACUCCCUAGUUCUAUGUGUGAUUAUAUCAUCAAUAAUUUGCCUUCCUAACCAUUUUGUCUUUGUGUUUUAAAGGUGCUUAAUCCAGUUUCUACCAAUAUUAUUACCAUCACUGGAAUUGAGUUAUGAAAACGGGACACACUUGCUUGAACAAUUUAAUUAAAUACAGUGCAUAUUCUUUUUC